CAACGCAGUAAACAAAUUUAAGGUAUAUCGAUAGACGUACACCCACAACCCCGAUUCCAGCCGGCAAAUUCCGGAACGUAGUCUCUUCUUUAAAAGUCUAUAUAGGAAGUUGCCAACCCGAUGGACAAGCGCGUCACAGUCCUGCUGCCCAAUGGUCGGCGGCAGAAUGUGAACGUGACGGCGAACAUGACGUUGUUGGAGAUUCUGGAGACGGCCUGCUCCAAGCACGGCUACGAUGCGGAGGAGCACUGCCUCAAGUUUCACAACAAGGUGGUCGGAUUGACGCAACAGUUCCGUUUUAGUGGCCUGCCUAACAACUGUGUCCUUGAGAUGGAGCAAACAGAAAAGCGGCGCACACUGAGUAACGUUCUUGUUUGCGUCCAACUGAACGACGGAUCCCGCCAGCAAGCGGACUUCUCGCCCAACGACACUAUAUGGCUGGUGGUCGAGAAACUCUGCGAGUCACAUGUCAAGGCUUAUGAAAGCCCCGUCAUCAUCUACAUGCGCAGCGAGGUCAUAGGACAGGAGCAGAUGCGACAGACCACUCUUAAGUCCCUAGGGAUCCUCGAGGGUCGUGCUAUGAUGCGUCUUAUCGACAAAAAGCCCGAGGACCUUAAGACCCAGGCAAAUGUGUACAAAGCUCCCGCUGUCAAGCCUCGUGUGGACAAUGACGACCAGCCCAGUACCUCCCGCUCUGCAAUGGCAGCUGGUGGCAGCGGAGGAGGCGGUGGAUUUGCUCUUACCAGCAAUAUGAUCAAGAAUUUAAAACGCACGGCUCCUGAAGAAAAGGCCAGCGGUAGCGAAGCAGCCAAGCCCUUAGGGGAAUCCAAUCAAGAGCAGCAGCCUCAACCAGAAGCACCUAAAUAUGACUGGGGCAAUGGUUCCGGAUACUUAAUGCACCACCCUCCUGAGCGAAAGCAGGCAGAAAACGAAGUCGAAGAGAAUCCAGACAAGCCUCCACCAGUGGUGAAAAUAAUUGGGCCACGCCAGGCUGUACUAUUUUCCUUGGACGAAUCCAAGAAAAAUGCGAAUGACCUGCCGGACUCAUUUUUCGACUUGACCGUCAACGAUUUGAAGAUGGUACUCCGUGAUUUAAAGCGUACUUCGAGCGGAGAUGACGACGCUCCCUUGCUGACAGCAAAGCUGAGGGAAUUGGAGCGCCAAAAGGCUAUGCUGGCUAAGCUUAACCAGUACAAGGACUGUGUGCUGCGCAUUCAGUUUCCCGAUCGCUUCGUGCUCCAGGGCAUGUUUAAGCCGCACGAGCCCCUUUCCAAGGUGGAGGAUUUUGUUCGGGAGUUUUUGGUUCAGUCAGGUGAGCAAUUCCAUCUCUUCACCAUUCCACCGAAGAAGGUGUUGCCCUCCGGUGAAACGCUCCUGGAGCUGAAUUUUGUUCCGAAUGCCAUCGUGCAUUUUGGCUUUAUCAAGGACUCGCUCAAUGCGGCGAGCAAUCGAUUCGUGAAGGAGCAGUACGUGGAUCAGUUGACCUCCGAGGAGGGAGCGCACUACGCGGUGCAAAAGUACCGCCUUACCCGUGCAACGGCCUCAGGAUCUAGUUAAUAGAUACAUACAUACAGUCUGUGUGAUAUUAAAUGAAUCCGCAUUAUUUCUAUAUA